ACAAUUGACCUUCAUUUAUGUCAACGCAAAUAACGUACCUGACAAACAAGUAAAGCACUAGAGUAUAGUGUUUUAAAGAGUCAACACACAUAAGUCUAAUAUGUAAGAAAAGGUUAAUGACCAGAAUUGCUGGCUAAAAACUAUGCGACAAUAGCCACUGGAAAUGCUAACAGUAUGCCAUGCUUUUACAAAGCAUUGGACCAGUUAUCAAUGGUAAAAUACAGACUCUAUCCAGUAGUAAAACAAAAGAAAAUACGAUCAGCCCUCUUGAUUCUGAAACUCUCAAAAGAAAAAAAUAAAUAUUACAGGCAUUGGACCUGUUACCUUUUGAUUGAGUUACUUUUUAUUUUACCUAUAUAGAAGAGUGAGUAUACUCCGUGGUAUCAACAUGUCUGUUUAUGGGCAUUUUUUUUGUUUGCUGAGGGCAUUUUGGUCAUUUAACUCAUACCCUUGCUUCUAUCUUAGUCUACCACCGCCCACCUCCAUCACAUUGUUGUAUCUAUCCAUUGAUGAAGAGGAAGAUAAAAGCUUUUACCUUGCACAACUUUAGGCCUUCCAUCUUCUCUGAGUACUGCUUAAAUUUUCAGUGCACUGCCUUCCAUUAAAAUGUGGAAUACCGUUGCACAAAAAGACGCAAGACGCAAGACGCCCGGUGUUUCAAUAAGGCUGUGGCGUGGCAAUUUUGAAAGGGCGACAAUGGCGACCUAGGCGUGAAAGGCGACGUCUUUUCAAUUUUUUUUUUUUUAAUUUUGGCGACAGUUCAGUGUUUUAAAGAAAUUUUAGGGUUUUCGUUUCUAUUUUUAAUUUUCACCUUAGAGCUGCUGCGGCCAUAUAUCUCUAUUAGGCGACUUCUCAGCCAUCUCCGACUCCGACCAGCCAUCUCUGACCACUGAAAAAGAAGAAGCAGAAAUAGGCACUGAAACCCGGAAGCCAGACCUGUGUUUGUGAUUAGAGCGACCGGUGGCUGUAUCACAGCAAACUGAGCAAAGCCAACUGAGACCGAGAGGAUGAAGAAUAUAGAGAGUGUAUCUACACAAGUGUGCAAAAUCAUUCACAUACCUGAAAAGCCAUCCUUUCUUCCUCACCUCCAACCCACAGUUAACGUGCUUGCUUCUGUCAUUGAACCCAAAGAUGCCAAUACUCUAGUCAGAAAGCUGAAUCAGAUUGCACCACUGGAAAAAUUGCAGCAUGUGAAGCGUGUGCGGAAGAAGUGCAUUGAUGGGGGCAAACCUCAAUUAUCUCUGCUUUUAUGUAUGACUUUUGGAAAUGAUGGUGAGGAUGAUCGCAUGCCAUACGAGAUUUUUGAACUUGUCAAAUCAUACCAGUUGAGUACUUUCAUCACAAAAGUUUGCAAAUAUGCUGCAACAUCUAAAGAAGAAUGGGAUGAACAGUGCAAGCUCUGGCCUACUUCGUAUCAUCCGCCAACCUACAACAUCAGCGGCAUAACUGGAUUUAGUGAAGAGGAGUCACAAUCAGUUUUCGGUUUCAUGAGACAUACCAUUAAUUUGGCAGCAUCUUCUAUUGGUCAGGUGGUCAAUGCUGCUGUUAUUGUAGAUCCUUCAACUAAGCAGGUCAUUGCAAGUGCUUGUGAUCAGGUAAUAUCCUCAGCCAGUCUUGCAAAUGAGGUCAGCAAGGAAGGUAGCUGCUCUAACUAUCUAGAAAACCUCAAAUCCUCUAAUUUGGAAAACCAGCAAACGUCACUUUUGGACAGUUCAAUUGGUGAAUUUAAACAUAUAACUAAUAAUAUUGCUUGUGUACAUCCUUGGCAAUGGGCACUGCAAAGCUCUGGUUGCUGGCAUCCUUUGCGGCAUGCGGCUAUUGUAGCGAUUGAAUAUUCUGCUGCCAGGGAUCUACAACUUUUUCCUGAUUACAAAGCUCCAUCUCCUUUGAAAAGACAGAAGAUCAAGGAGUCUGACUUCCAAAGCAAUGGCCAUAGUUAUCAAUUGCUCAGACCUUAUCUAUGUACUGGAUAUGACAUUUAUUUGGCCUGGGAGCCAUGUGCGAUGUGCGCAAUGGCGCUUGUCCAUCAAAGAGUUAGACGGAUAUUUUUUUCUUCCCCAAAUUCCAGUGCUGGUGCACUAGGAAGUAUUCACAGACUGCAAGGGGAGCGGAGCUUAAAUCACCAUUAUGCUGUUUUCAGGGUCGUGCUGCCUGAGGAGGUGUUCAGGAAUACAGUUGUAGAUGUAAAGACUUCUGGAAUUGGUUGAAGAAAACACUAAUCUGCUUCACCGCCCAGGUCAUCAUCACGAACCAUCCUACUCAGAUUGGAAAUGGAUAUUCACGAAUGCUCGACUGCCACACUUCCCACAUACCUGUCAAGUUCGCUGAGAUCUUGACCAAGAUUGACAGGCGUUCAGGUAAGGAACUGGAGAAGGAGCCGAAGUUCUUGAAGAAUGGUGAAGGUGGUACGGUUAAAAUGAUUCCCACCAAGUAUUGGUUGUUGAGACCUUUGCUGAGUACCCACCAUUGGCUCGUUUUGCCGUGAGAGACAUGAGGCAUACUGUUGCUGUCGGUGCUGUCAAGAAUGUUGACAAGGAGGACCCAACUGGUGUCAAGGUUAGCAAGGCUGCCCAGAAGAAGAGA